AUGCUGGUUGGGGAAGAGGUCACAUCGGGUGCCCUCCAGCCUGAGGGGGGGGCAGCCCCAGAGGAUAUCCUUGGCCUGAACCCGCGGCACAGCCUCGCUCCAAGCACGAGCAUGGGGACGAUGGGAGGACCCGAGUGCCAGCUCAGCAUCUGGAACCCCUUUGCCACCCUCAUCCUCACCCCCAGCGCGCUCACCGGCCUCCUCCAGGAUAAGGAGCACGUCACCGAGUCCCUCAGCUCACUGCUACCAGCGGCUGUGGCAGCAGCACCCCAGCCUCCGCCAGACCCUCGCCCAACACCGAAGAACUGGUACAUAUCCCUGGAGAAGCAGCCGGGUUUAGCAGAGGUCCCAAGUCACAGAAAUUGCAGGCACCCGCACCGCCGCGCGCGCGCGGACGCGCACGCUCACCCCAAAGCUCGCCCGCGCCGGCCUUUCCCCCACGCAGUGAGCGGGCUGCUGAGCCCGCGGUCCCAGGAGAGGAAGGGGCUUACGUGCGGCGCGCUCGCGUGUCACGUUUCCUGCACUAGUGUCACCCGGCCCCCUGAGAGGGUCGUCAGCCAAGUUUUCGCGUGCUGGUCCUCCCACGCCACCCCUGCGCUGUCGCGGCCAGGGAUGCUCAUUUAUUUGGCCCCCAGCCCCGACUUCUCCAAGUGUGUCCGUCCGUCCGACGGCGAGGGCUGGGUGAGGGGUGACCGGCGGGAGAGGGGGGGAGUUCCGACCCGGGGAAUUUUGAUCCCUUGGCUGGAGAUGCCGGAACCGCAGCAGCUGCUGCCCCAAAAUAGCGCUCCUGCCCCUGCAGCCGGGGAUCUCCGGAGCUUCGAGAAUACAGGCGUCCCGGUUCGCCCUUCAGACCCCUCGGCAAUGCCCGCGAGCCCCCAGACCCCCGCCCCAAGUUCCCGGCUCCUGGACUCGGGGCGGGGAGCGCCGUCCUUUUCUCGGCUUCUACUGCCCCCCGCCGGCGGCAGCGUGCACCGCAGCAUCGGAUGGAUGGAGGACUUGAGUCCUGGGGGGCCAGGGCUGGCGAGCCUGUUGUCUGAAGCUAGGCGAGCGGGGUGCGCAGUAGACGGGCACCGCCGGUACCAGUGCAAUGUGUCAGACAGUGGAUGA